AUGAACACUCCCCAAAAUGCCUCGCCCUCGCUGCACGACCCGGGCGAGAGCUUGGAGGCCAUAAACACUUCGGCCUCGUCCUCUGCUCCCCCUUCAACCACCAGGGGUAGAGCCCCCAGUGCCGCCUCGCGCGCUCCCUCUUCGCGUGCACACACGCCUGCCGCCCAAUCUGACUCUGUCGAGCGCAAGAACUCCGUUUCCUAUGGUCACCACCGCCAGACGUCCAUUGUCCACGGCUACCAGCACUCGCGCAAUCCGAGCCAUGUCUCCUCCACAGGUGCCAGCCCCAUCAGUCCAGGCAUCAUCCUCGCCCAAGCACCAAAGGAUGGCCCAACUUUGCGCCAAAGCCCUUCAUCCUCGACGUUAAAUGCCCCUGCCGACCAGGUACCAAUACGCCGUCUCGAACGCAUGCACAGCGGCCGUAUCAAGCGCGAACAUGAGUCUCAUCUACAUCAUCAUCACCACCACAAUCACCGCCAUCAUCGCUCGCGAUCACGCCAACACCACCAACAAGAGCCCACCACUGUCGGAGAAUAUGCCCUUCACCACUUGUUGAACGAGUUCAUCAGCGAGGCCAAUGACAAAAUUAAUCGUUGUGUCUCUGAGCGUGACGAUGCUUUGAUUAGAGUUGAAGCCAUCUGUGGCCCUGGCGCAGACCACGCCUUUGACCAGCUGAUAAAGGCUCUUGGCCACAUUGUGCGCCCGCGCCCGAAGCCUCUGAUUGAUGCCCUCAUGAUCUGGCGCAAAUCCAAGAGUGACGAGUUGACACCGAUCCAUACUCAGCUGCAGGCUGCUCGUGCCCAAUCGACCAAUGGUUCUGCCACUGUUCGUCGUGCCGAUCUGUCUCAAGUCAGUACAAAUGGCAGUUCUGCCUCGCUACCUUCUCAUACCGACCCUGCUACCAUUAUUGCUCUCGAGCAGAAUCUGCGUCAAGGAGAACGGCGCUCAGCAAUUUCCGUGUAUAUCCUUUGUCGUGUACUCACGCAAGUCAUAUCCCAGUGCACGUUGGCUGCCUUGACCAACGACAUUGCUGAGAGGCUUGAGGAUGUCAUCUAUGGCCAGUUACGUAACUUUGACUCCGAGGCUCUCGCGUAUUCGGCUCUCAAACAAUCACAAUGGAACAUGUUCGGCCAGUUAUUGGGUGUCAUGGGUAAUUUGCGCUUUGACAAGGUUGCCGAUCGAUACGUCUCGGAUCUGGAGGCCGCACAGAGACGCUUGUCCAUCAAAGGUAAUGCUGAUAAAGAUCUCGAGAAUCAUACAGCUCUGCUUGUGCAUAGCAUGCGUUGGCUCAAAAUACAAACGCAGCCCGAAACCGCAUGGGAUAAGUCCUGCGACCUGCUUAAUCUUCUGGCAGGCUUCUUCGCAGGCGUACAUGGUAAACCGGUCAAGUAUGCAUAUUGCCAGCUAUUUGAAGAUCUACUGCUGCCGGUCGCCAGUAAGGCUACCACUGAACUUAACUCGCCCAAGUGGAGGCAGGUCUUGGACAUUCUCAAAAUCAGACUAAAUCAGCUGCUCGCAAAACCCAAGCAUUGGGCGCAGGCAUUUCCUAUAUUUGCUGUGACUAUCUGCGUGUCGCCCAAUGAUGUAUUCCAGCAACAGUGGCUUCCGACUGCCCUUCACCAACUACAACCGAAGUUGAAGGAACGCACCACUCGGGGCCAUGCUCUCAAAGCAUUGUGCCGCCUGGUUUGGGUGUACCUCUACAGAGCUUCUGAAGGCCAGCUUACAACAUUCAAGAAACUCGACGAUAUAAUCCGGAUGGUUUUUAUGACGGGCAAGAAGUCACUGCUCUCUACCGAACCCUCCAUUGCCGACCCUUUGAUCCAGCUCAUCCGCAUUAUUGGUUUCAAGCAUCAGGACCUGUGCUUCCGAUCCAUUAUAUUCCCUCUGAUGAACGCAGAUGUCAUAAUCACUGGCAGGGAUCGUCGGAUCGAGAACCUCGACCCCGAGAAGAUGGUGAUUGCAAUUCGUGCUUUCCUUGCAAUCAUGUCUGAUUUAGAGAAAGGUGAUCAACCGCCAUUCCCUGUCAGCUUCGAGUGCGAUGCUCUUACCGAUCCAUUCUCAAGAUCGCCCAAUUCGCACAGACGCUCGUUGUCUCAAACCCAAGUUCCCGUCAAUGGGGCCAAGGUUGAACGGUUGUCCAAGCCCGUCAUGACGGCUGACUUUGGCGAUGUCGCAAAGGAGUCAUAUGUCAAGUUCUGUAAGAUUCUGGGUGAGAUUACCAUUAUCUGCGAUGAGACGUUUGGCGGACAGAAGGUCCUUGACGAGAAGUUCUCUGCUCAGACUAUACCUAAGACACCAAUGGCGGAUGCCUUCAGUUUCAGUCGGAGGGACGAGUUAUUCAAUUCACCUGAAGUUCGGCAGAACUUCUACGAUCUCCUUCACGUCGCAGUCCAAGCACUUCCUCGAUGCCUAUCUCCUCAGAUCCCUUUGAAGAACCUUAUCAAUUUGCUAUGUACAGGCACCGCGCAUGUACAAAACCACAUCGCCUCAUCAUCCGCGCAAUCUCUUAAAUCUAUCGCCCGUCAAUCGCAUGCUCAACUGGUAACGAUCGGAUUUGCCCGCUUUAUAUUCAACUUCGACGAUCGCUACGCCACUGUCUCUGCUGGUAGUCUCCUGGGACACGGCCACAUAGAAAGCACUUUGCGCCUUUAUGUCGAACUGUUAGAGAUAUGGAUUGAGGAACUCAAAUCACAGCCUCAAAUGGCAUCACCAGAUCUUCACGAUGAUGAGUAUGCUCGUGGCAUGCCUUCUGACCUGAAUCGUUCAAGGGUGUUUGCUCAUGUAGAUGAAAUCGAAUCGCAUGGGCUGUUCUUCCUGUGCUCGCCGUCGCGGCACGUUCGAGCGUAUGCCGUCAGGGUCCUCAGCCUCAUCACCAAGUUUGAUACAGCUCUGGGUCAGCCUUCCACACGUAUCAUCAGCGUUCUGGAAGGCAGUUCACAGCAAGUCAUCGACGUAAAUGACGAGAAACUCUCACUAGCCGAACGCAGUCGUUUGCAGAAGGGCCUCAGGAAAAGCAACAUGAACAACACUCUUGUGGAACUUUGCAGCAGCGAAACUGUCCACGACUUGGCUCUUUGGUCGAAAGCUUUUCCCAAUUUGAUACGUCUCAGCUCGCAAAUAUGUCCUCAAGCUGUACUCUUGACCAGAGAUAUAGUCUGUGCGCGCCUCUCACAUGCUCACAGGAUUAUCAGCACCUUGGCCGAAGGACCGAGAGCCAACACAUAUGCUGCUUUGGAGACGGCUUUCUCACAACGCAUGGUAGGAAGAACUGCCUUUAGUCCUCCUGAGGUCACGAUUGAACAAUGGAAGCUCCACCUGAUCUUUGCAUGUACAACCCUCACUAACACUGGUGGCUCGCAACAACCUCCCGUCCCGAGAGAAAGCUUCCAGCACUCGCGCAAAGGCUCCAAAGCCUCCUCAAUCAACCAAGAGAAGAUUGGAUCUGCUUACGAAUUGUUCGCGAAAGUCGUUCCGUUUUUGUCUGCCAUACACCCAGGAGUUCGGGAGGCAGCUGUCCAUGGACUGGGCGCGAUUAACACCAAUCUCUUUCGACCCUUGCUAGAAGCCCUUCAACCAUCGGUAUCCAUCUGUAGCGAAGAUGCUAGACAAUGGCUUAUGUUACACCAGCGAUCUUUAAAUAGUCCUCGACGAAGCAGGCGGAGUGACUCCCUGCGUACUGAGCUCACCCAUCUCUACCAGCUCACAUCUCAUUGUCUGGUGGAGACCGACGUUUACAAUGACGAAUGGAUACUGCAAAAUCUCGUCAGUUUCACUAAGGAUCUUCGCAUUUUUCUCAACGACGAAGAUGUACAAAACCAGUGGGACUUCCAGAAAUUACGCACCUACUACUGCGGGCUCGUUGAGGUGUUGUAUGAAGGCAUACACAAAACCAAGGAUCCCAUACGUUGGAUGCCGUUCCACGCACGAAAAGCCGCUUUCUCCAUGAUGGAAGACUGGUGCGGGUUUUCCCCAAACCAGACACAAAUAAGACAGAAGGAAAACCAUAUGAGGAAGUCAAUCUUGGACCAAGAACAGGAUUCUCGCAAUCGUGGGAAUGUUACAGCAAAGCUGGAGAUCGAGAAGAAAGACCUGCGAACAGCAGCUCUCAGCGCUAUGGCAUCACUCUGUGCGGGACCGGUCAUGGUCUCCACCGACGGCCAGAUUACUAUGCAGUUUGAUGUUCGUCGCAUGCUCAAAUGGAUAGAUGCCAUCUUCGAUUCAGCGAGUGAUAGGACCCAUGCAACAGGUCGUCGGGCACUUAAGAAUCUGUUAACUCACAACAGUGAGCACAGUUUCCUCUUGUCUCACUCGAUCGAAGAGUGCUAUCAUGCUAAGAACCCGAAGGCCCUUUUCAGCUACUUCACUGUUGCUACCCAAGUUUUGACAGACGCGGUCGAUGACAAGAUACCUUUUUGGAAGAUCUUGAGCGCCGCCUUGUACACCCUUGGAAACGAGAAUAGCGAGAUUCGCAUGAAGUCUGCCCGUCUGUUGAGAACUUUAGAGGAACGCCUAGGCAGAAACUCUAAACUACAAGAUCUGGAUAUCAGUAUUUCUGACAAGACGACUGCAGUCUACAAACUGGCACAAUUCGAAAUUUCUCGCAGGCUAGCAAAGCAACAUGCAGACAUGGCGUUCCACGUUUUCUCGGAGUUUACCAGAUACUUUGGAGGUCUUGUACCCGAUCAUCAGCGCAACAUGGUCGCAGCCAUGCUGCCAUGGAUACAGACCGUCGAGCUGCAAUUACUCCCGAGUGGAGGACCUACCGCUAGUUCAUACAUGUUGAUGGUGAAUCUCUUUGAGAUCACGGCGCGAAGCAGUAGUGUUUUACAUAACGAGAUACAAGCACUCUGGCAGGCUCUUGCUACUGGUCCAUAUGGAGGAAACGUACAGGUGGUCCUAGACUUCAUUAUUGCGAUAUGCCUAGACCGCAGGGAACAAAACUUUGUCGACUAUGCAAAACAAAUUGUUGUCUUCCUUUCCACGACAGCAGCUGGUCUGAAGGUGAUUGAGUUCCUCUUGCUGCAGAUCACUCCUAAAGCCAUGAUCGCCGAGAAGCGACCACCACCGUCAAUACCUCAAGACCCGACAAAUCUACCAUAUAUUGCAGAUCUCGCGCAAGUAUUACCUAUUGGAAACCGACAGUCUGGGUUGUCCCUUGGUCAGCUGGCAUUAAUGCUCCUUGUCGACCUUGUAGUUUCUCCCGUACAGCUCCCCAAGAACAAGAUACCUCUCCUGCUACAAGUAGUUGUGGUUCAAUGGGACCACUACACGCCAUUGGUACAAGAUCAGGCAAGGGAGAUGCUGGUACAUAUGAUCCACGAGCUUGUAAUUUCACAGAUUGGACCAGAGCACACAGGACCAAGUAAACAAGGCAUAGAGGAUUUGAUCGAAUCAAUCAGGCAACACGAUCCCAAGGUUGUGUGGUCUUAUGAGGAGACCGAUAACAAAGGACUCAACAGCAAUUCUAACGGUGUCCCUGAACCCAUGGUUUUUGUCAUUGAGGAAGUCGUCCGGGUACUCAGCUUCUCGUAUGACGAUAUCAGAACUGGCGACAACAUUCGCAGGGAUUGGGCAAGGAUGAGUCUGGUCUGGGCGACGACUUGUGCAGUGCGUCACGUAGCAUGUCGCUCGUUCCAGAUCUUCCGCUGCAUCAUUGACUCGCUUGAUAGGCAGAUGAUGGCAGACAUGCUCGCUCGUCUAACAAACACCAUUGCCGAUGACGAGAAUGACUGCUUGACCUUCUCUCAAGAGAUAUUGAUCACGCUAAGGACCAUCAUCGGCGCUCUUGAACCCGAGGACUUGAUUCAGUACCCUCAAUUAUUCUGGACCACCAGUGCUUGUCUGGAUACCAUCUUCGAGCAGGAGUUCCAAGCGAGUCUUUCAAUGCUAGAUCGACUAUUGGACAAGCUCGAUCUUAGUGAUCCUGCUGUCAUCAAGCUUUUCAACGAGAACAAACCUGCCAAAUGGGAUGGAGAAUUCGAGGGUCUUCAGCCGUUGGUCUACAAGGGGUUGAGGUCCAAUGCCUGUCUCGAUCGCACCCUGGAAAUGCUCGGAAGAAUGAUCAAACUACCUUCCAGCAGUCUGAUUGGUGGCGACAAUCGUCUCCUCUUCACACUCCUUGCAAAUCUGCCUCGUUAUCUGCACUGCUUCGAAGAUGACAGCAACGAACAAACAUGCUUCGAGUCGGCAGACUCUCUUGCUGGCGUGGCCGAAGCGCAGCAACUACCUGAUCUGGCUCUCGCAUUGAGUGGGUUUGCGAAUCAAAGAUAUCGCAAUGCGAACGACUUCUUGACCCAAGUCGUCGCUGCAGCAAGAGCCGCCUGGUUCCCCGCCAUGGAGUAUCAGAGCUUGAUCUUCCUGAUUGGCUUGCUCAACAACCAAACCCCAUGGUUCCGAGUCACGAUAAUGCAGCUGCUGUGUGUUCUAAUUCCACAAAUUGAUAUGAGGAGGCCGGAGAUCGUUUCCCAAGGCCCUGAUCUAAUCUCACCCCUUCUGCGUUUACUGCAGACCAGCUACUGCCAACAAGCUCUUGAUGUGCUGGACAAUAUCAUGUCUGUCACCGGCACACCCCUUGAUAACAAGCACCUGCGUAUGAGCAUGGCAGGAUCGCACUCGACGCGUGCAACACGCAAAGAGUACGAUAGCACCAAGAGUCUAUACGGCAUACCUGAGGAGUCUGGCUGGUCAAUACCAAUGCCAGCCAUUCAGGCCGAGAGGGCGAGGAAAAACGUCAUGGCUGUAUACUACACUUGUCUGGACACGACCCUCGCCGACGGCGCAGAGAUCACCAGUACACCCGACGUCGCUUUCACGACAGAAGAUCAAUACGGAUCCUACUUCGACCAACGCUCGGCGACAGCAAUGUCGGAUUCGAUACGCGCUGACGGUAGCAUGAGCGAAUUAGUGUUGAAACUCGACAGUCUGGAUGACUUCUUCGACGAUCGAAAACCUGUGACCCCUAGAGAAGCAUCUCGAGGGUCAGUCGAAAACCGCGAGAAUGUCUACGAACAGCAAACACUUCCCAUCCUGCACAAGUCGCUCAGACGGAACGCUUCGGUAACGUCUUUUCAAAAUGGCUUUUCAGACACAAGGUUUGCUCUGGCUCGCGAACCAGUCGUCAUGAACCCUGGUGCAUUUGCUUCCAACCCUGCUGCAGGGGCGAUCAGGCCCGCACUUCAUGCGAGGUCGGUAACCUCGCCUAUGGCUGCGGUGCACCACAUGCCUCGGGUGAUCACCGAUCUUCAAUCUGAAGAAGAUACUGGCGAUGAGCCUUUCUCUGACGAUGAUCUCUCGAUAUCGCGCAUGACCACAUCCGACGAUGCUCUGUCGGUCCACAGUAGCAAUUCUCGAGCUCCUUCUGCAGUAGGAUUACGGGCUGGAUUCCGAUCUGGCAUGAGAAGACUCACUGGAGGAACAACUGAUCGAAGAGAUGUCAAAGGAUUAGUACGCCUAAGUCCGCAGGUGCCACGGGUCCCAACUGUCUGGUUGAGUAACCCAAAGAGCUCAGAGCUGUAG